GACUUGUCCUCUCACAUGACCCGAGUUGGCAGGAGUCUGGGAGAGCGUCUCGCGGACAGAACGGAGGAGAUGGCCGAACGACGCUGGACCACGGGUCUGCUGGCUGUGAUCGGCAUCCUAGCGGCACUGACGAGCUGCGACGCUCUUCCGUGGAAAGAGGAAAAGCUGAAACAUGAAGCAACCACACUGAGCUCCAGCGAACUGAGCAGCGUUGUAUCUCGCACGGAUCUGGACCGAAUGUGGCAGAAAGACCUGAAGCCCAUGCUCGUCGUGCGCUAUCCUGGUUCAAGCGGAAGCCAAAGCGUUCAGCAGCACAUUAAAUCGACCCUCGGCUCGAUGAAAGCGGGAUGGGAAGUGACAGAGGAUGCCUUCUAUGCUCAUACGCCUUACGGCCAGCUCCCCUUUAACAACAUAAUUGCAACCCUCAACCCCGAAGCCAAACGUCAGUUGGUUCUGGCCUGCCACUUUGACUCCAAAUACUACCCUCCGCAGUGGGACGGCCGCGAGUUUCUCGGAGCAACGGAUUCUGCUGUUCCCUGCUCUAUGAUUUUGGAACUGGCAAGAGCCCAAGAUGACGAACUAAAAACCCUGAAGGAUUCUGGGUCAGACUUGUCUCUUCAGCUGCUCUUCUUUGAUGGAGAGGAGGCACUUUACCAGUGGACCUCUGAAGACUCUCUGUACGGCUCCCGUCAUUUAGCCCACAAAAUGGCGACGACAGCGCAUCCUCCGGAAGCCACCAACACCAGCAGGCUUGACGGCAUUGAUUUGUUUGUUCUCCUGGACUUGAUUGGAGGUCCAAAUCCUCGCUUCGGGAAUCAGUUCUCCAGCACGACCCGAUGGCUCUCCAGACUGCAAAAUAUCGAGCGCCGGCUGCAUGCGCUCGGUCACCUAGAGAGUCACCCUAAUGAGGUUCAGUACUUCUGGCCUGGCCUGCACGUGGGGCUCAUUCUGGACGACCACAUACCGUUUCUCAACCGAGGCGUCCGGAUUCUUCAUCUCAUUUCGACUCCUUUUCCUUCGGUGUGGCACACUUUUGACGACAACGAGGAGAACCUGGAUCGAACCUCCAUCAGCAACCUCAACAAGAUCCUGCAGGUCUUUGUUCUCGAGUACCUCAACAAGAAAAGUCAGGAACCUAUCGCUGAAGGCUCCUAAUGUUCCCAAAAUGUACCAUCGUUCUCAAGCACAGGAGACCAAUUUAGCCAGUUGCGCAAAUUACAUUUUUUAAAACUAUUUUUAUCACACAAUCAAUUUUCACAUUUAGUAUUCAUUUCAGUUGGAGCUGCGUACUCUGUGUCUGUGGACUGUUAAAAUUCAGAAGACAUUUAAGUGAUCCAGGAUCAGACUAUAUAUAUAUAUAU